GCGUGUUAACAACGGGGAAGUCUCAGAAGUCCUCUUGUUCUGGCAAUAAUAAUAGUAGGUAACGCCCAUAUUCUCUUCAUUUUGUCGCAUAUGUUUUUCUGGUAACCUUUCAAGUCCUGCCACCACCUGCAGGUGUUCACUACGCAUGCGCCCUAUAGAAGUAUUUAAAUAACCCAAGUCAUCUGAUACAACAAAACAUUCUACUGUCAGCCAAUCCACGACUGCAUCGAAAGCUGGCACUGGAGGAGCCCCUGUUUUUGGCCAAAUAUUGCCACUUUGUGAUACUGGGAGUCGAAUUCGCCUAGUUCCUGACCGCACCUAAUUACGCCAUUGAUUGAGAGUCGUAGAGGUUAAGAAGACUGAAGUCGACCAGACGGACAGGAAAAAAAUAAAACAAAGAUGGCUGUGUAGCCAAAGAGACGAGACCCAACCGAGUGUCCGUCCGCAGCCCCACAACACCGACACGUCUAGGGUCCAUUGGACGGUCCGUCGGCACCAGAGCACCGAGGCAGCCUAGCGGGCGAACUGGGCCGCGGUCCCACGGCGGUCCCGUGCGCUGUCAGGGCGAAUAACGGCGUCGAAAACACCUCCGAGUGACGCCUGAGUUGUUUUGUUCUGCCCGGGCCAGGGGAAGGACUGCUGUGUUUUUGUCAACGAGCUAGCCCAUAGUCUGCUAGCACUACUGUAAGUCUUCCUAAUAGUUCUAAUACUUGAGCGUUAUGUGACACUUUAAGACACGCUUGCGAGUUUUUUUUUUCUACAGACGGCCGGGGUGUUGAUGCAUUUGCGUGUACUGUGAUUAUUGCAACAUCGCCCGCAUUCCCCACUGACAGCCUUGUGCUGUAGCUAGCCUAGCCCAUCGAUGUCAGCUGACCGUUAGCCGCACAGAAUACACGCUAUCAUCUGGGCUAACCUGCUAAUAUUUCGCCCUGAAUUGGGUCGCGACAGGACUUCCACAUAUCUUGACAAUCAACACCAUGUCUUCACUGGAAGAGCGAGACAUGGGAGUCGCGGCCCCGGGCUCCUCCACGUCUGGAUUGGGGGUCGUGGCCGUGGGGGCAGCAUUGGAGGCUGUCGCGGGGGUUGCAGCAAUGCAGGAGGAGGUCGCGAUUCGACGAGACGGGCCCGAAACUGACCCCGACGAGCCACCCAAGAAAAGGGUGAGACUGCCCGAGGGAGAGGCAGGGAAGCUGGAGGAGAGAUUGUACUCUGUUUUGUGCUGCACCGUUUGCCUUGACUUGCCCAAGGCAUCUGUUUACCAGUGCACCAACGGGCACCUGAUGUGUGCUGGCUGUUUCAUUCACCUCCUGGCCGACUCUCGCCUUAAGGAGGAACAAGCCACAUGUCCCAACUGCAGGUGUGAGAUCAGUAAGAACCUGUGCUGCAGGAACCUGGCGGUGGAGAAGGCUGUGAGCGAGCUGCCCGCAGACUGCCCCUUCUGCCUCAAACAGUUCCCCCGCUCCACCCUGGAGAGACACCAGAAGGAGGAGUGUCAAGACAGGUGUGUGUGCCACACGGGUGUGAACUGCCUCACCUGCACACGCCCUUACCUGGUGACACUGUGCAAGUACAAGCGCAUCGGCUGCCCGUGGCAGGGCCCCUUCCACGAGCUCCCCGCCCACGAGGGCGAAUGCUGCCACCCCAACAAGACGGGCGCCGAGCUGAUGGGGGUCCUGGGGGAGAUGGACCAGAGCCACCGCAGAGACAUGCAGCUCUACAACAGCAUCUUCGGCCUGCUCUGCUACGAGAAGAUAGGCUUCACAGAGGUGCAGUUCAGGCCGUACCGGACGGACGACUUCAUCACGCGGCUGUACUACGAGACGCCGCGCUUCACCGUGCUCAACCAGACCUGGGUGCUGAAGGCGCGCGUCAACGACUCGGAGCGCAACCCCAACCUGUCCUGCAAGCGCACGCUGUCCUUCCAGCUGCUCCUCAAGAGCAAGGUGAACUCGCCGCUGGAGUGCUCCUUCCUGCUGCUGAAGGGGCCGUACGACGACGUGCGCAUCAAGCCCGUCAUCCACCACCACGCCUUCAGCAACGACACCAACGAGACCGAGUACGUCCUGCUGCCCAUCUCCGACUCGGUGGAGUGCAACAAGCUGCUGGCCGCCAAGAACAUCAACCUGCGCCUCUUCAUCUUCCAGAUCCAAAAAUAAUGAGGAGGACGAGGAGGGGGGGGGGGAGGCCUGAUUUUGAUGGUGAGGCGGGAAGGGAGGGAGGGAGGGAGGGAGGGAGGGUUGGAGGUGUUGGACGGGAGCGGGGAUGAGAAGGGGUAGGUGGAGGAGGGCGGUUGAGGAAAAGAAAGACACCACUGGACCACUGAUACCUCUGACCAUGCAUUCACGCACGCACACACACACACACGCACACACACACGCAGAUGCAUGUAGUCCUACACGACGCAAGGUACAUUACAUUUUUAUGCACAUGCUUACAUCCAACCAAAUACAGACACAUACAUACACAAACAAACAAUUAUUUACUUUUACCUCCUUUGACAUGAUGGUGCGACCCCCUGUUUGGGGGAAGUGCGAGGGUUGCUAUGGAGACCGGGCGGACAUGGGAUGGGGCGGGGGGGGAUGUUGACUCCAGAGACUGGGGCAUGCAGUUUGGGACAGAGGGGGUUACUGGGGAUACUGGUCUGUUAUCCAGAGCCUGGCUGAAGUGUGCCUGUGGACAUUCUCUGACUGCAGGCUGUCUUACCUUUAACCUACCCCCUCCCCCCACAGCCAAAGGUAGCACACACACACACUAACCAAAGCUGGACAUACCCACUGCAUUUGUGCAUGUGUGUGUGUCUGUUUAGAGAGAGCAUGAUUGAGGAAACAGACAGGGUUUGAAGUUAAGAUGAAAUGAAGCCCGAUCUGCGUGGUGGGCUUGUACAUUACUCCCCAUCACGAUGUCGCCUCCAUUUCUGGAAGCAGAGGAGCAUUUGAAUGUUGGUUAUUAUGUUGGUAGACAUACAUUAGCCUAGGUUAAGUUGUAUUUACAGUACUAAAACUCUUGAGUCCUCUCAAUAUGGAAAAGUAUGGCAAACAAAAUAAUCCAGUGAUGCAUUCUAAUGUACAAGCCCCAUUGUUCUGAAGAAAUGAAUGUGAAGCGGGAAAAAACUCUUGAACUCAUAUCUACACUGAUCAGUGUGUGUGUGUGUGUGUGUGUGUGUGUGUGUGUGUGUGUGUGUGUGUGUGUGUGUGUGUGUGUGUGUGUGUGUGUGUGUGUGUGUGUGUGUGUGUGUGUGUGUGUGUGUGUGUGUGUGUGUGUGCCUGCGGCUGUGCAUCUUUGUGUGCCCUGUAAGCAUUGUGCCCAUCUGUAGCCAUACAAUUCCAUUUUGUUUUGGCAAUAGCAGCCAUUUUGUAUGAACUAAGAUGGUGGCCCUUUCGUCCCCUACCCUACCAUGACCUUUCAACAGCAGGAUAGCAGGCCCCUCUGGCGGCAUUGGGGUAGUUCCUCCUUUACCUUUUUCCUUACAGUUGUGUUAGUUCUAUUUUAUCAUAAUAUGCUAACUUAAGUCAUUUUAUUUCUCUUUAACCUUAAAUAUUUAAAGUACCUGUGAACUACGCCUUUUAGUUUUUCUUAUAGUUUCUUUGAAGCGUGCUUGUGUUCUCCUGAAUGUGCGUGUGAAUGUGAGAGAGAGUGAGCGUGUACAAGUGUGUCUGUGCGUAUACAAAUCCUACAACUGUGAGAUUCCCAUUGGCUCCAGUCCACAUCCCACUGUACAUGAUUCCCUCUGCGAGCAGCGAGCCGUACCGGACGGACCGAGGAGUGACGAGGAGGCGUGGCGUGGCGGCCGUGGUGUUCUGGGCGCAGAACACGCAAUUCAGAUCCCCACCCCCCACCCAUGUUUUCUAACUUUGGACAUAUCGACCUCAUCUCCUCUGGAAACACAAUCACAGCCCUAAGCAGAGCAGCGGGCCGCUGGGGCCCGGUUCUGUGUGUCUUGGUAGUGUAUCAGUAAGGAUUGGGAUGGGUUCAAUUAGGAAGGUGACAUGUUAAUGUUAGAAUUACUUGAAUGAAAACAAGAAGAUUUUACUAAAGUAGAUUCUACUGUAAGGCAAAUCGCUCUCUCUCUCUCUCUUUCCUCCUGACCUCUCAUCUUUAUUUCUGUGUUCUAAUGCUUUUUCUCUAUGCCAAUGGACUCACUCAUCUCACUAUGGCUGUACAUGUGCCUUUUAUUAAAGAUCAUGGAAACUGCA